AAUUUACGUAAAUAAUUUAAGCACGUGGGCCAGAACUCGGCAAUUUUCUACUAUCGAAGUCAGUGGGUGCUGAUGUUUAUAAACAAACUUGAAAUUGUUGAUUUUUAAAUAAAUUUUGAAAGAUGUCUGGUAAAAAACGUCCUAAAGUUUGUAUCCCUGGACAACGACUUUGUUUGUCAAGCAGAAUAAAUGUUGCUGGUGCAGGAACUUACGAAGAAAAUGGUUAUAUUUAUUCAAAACUUCUUGGUACUGCUGAAUUAUUGAUAGAUAAAAAUAUUAAGACACUUACAGUUCGUGGUAUAAAGGAGCAAAGUAUUGUACCAGCACCUGGUGAUAUUGUCACAGCCAUGGUGACACAAGUGAACCAAAGGUUCUGUAAAUGCACCAUGAAAUGUAUUGGCGAUGUUAUUUUAUCGCGAUCGUACAGAGGAAUUUUGAGAAAAGAAGAUGUGAGAGCGACUGAAAAAGAUAGAGUUGAAAUGUACAAAUCUUUUCGACCUGGUGAUAUUAUACUUGCUCGUGUUUUACCUAUGACAGAAGCACACAUCUACUCUUUAUCAACGGCUGAAAAUGAACUGGGAGUAGUAUUAGCUCAUAGUGAAGAAGGCGUAUCACUGGUUCCAAUCAGCUGGACGGAAAUGCAGUGUCCAAAGACAUUAGUCAAAGAAUUCCGAAAAGUUGCUAAAGUCGUACCUGAAAAAGAUGCUAUGGGUCAUGCUGAUAAAUAAUAAAUAUAAAUUAUACUUUAAAUUACGAUUUUUUUUACAUUUAAAUAAAUUCAUUUAUUUAAUAAAUUAUGAAUGUGAACUUGGCGGAUUUGAGACAUAUUUUGAAUUAAAAAUAAAUGAACUAAACAAAUAAAUUUUUUUA